CACGGCGCCGAGCCGCCGAACCGCCAUGUGGUGGAUCAUUCCAUGUCGUGCCAUCGAUUCGGAAACUUCAUGUUCACCCCAUCUGACGCAGCACGACGACAUCAGCACCGGCUGCGCACCGCUCACCUCCCCCCCUUCAACGCAACUCCUGCGCCGGUGCCCAUCGCCGAGCCGUCCGGAUGCACGCUCCCGUGGCCCGCCGAGCGUUUCCUACGGUCGCAUUCGCCGCCAGAGCCCCUGCCCCGCGAUCCCUCCAUACCUCGCCUCCAGCUCGCAAUGCCGCCCCUGGUUCCGACGGCAAGCCCGCCGACGACUCCGUGACGGAGCACGACGGCGAUGUCGAGGAGCAGACCGGUGCCGGGACGUCCGGCGGGCGGACCAGGAGCCAUGCCGCGGGUCCCUCGAGGACGCGCCAGGCACGGAGGCGCGUCGCCUCGGCCUUGCCGCCCGUUAAGCUGCCGCCCAGUUUCCUCGACAACAACGUCUCCGUCUUUGCCCCCGGUAUCCAGCCCCGGCUGCCGGCCGCCAUUUCGGAGGAUUCUAGGCACGAAAAGAUCUCACGCCUCUUCCACGACCAGAACCCCGGCUCCCAACAGGCGCACCAGGCUCUCGAGUCUUAUUUUGAAACGGCUCUGAACAACCUCUUAGUCAAGCACACUGAGCUUGCUGUUGACCUUGAGAUGUCCUCUAGCGACGUCGCCGAUGUCUCCUGGAACUCGCCCGACAAGAUUGAGAGGGUUGUGCGCCUCUGGGAUAUGAUACUUGACUCUGCAUGGCACCUCACCGACGCUCUAUAUCCCGCGCGACAAGCCGAAUACAUCUACAAGACGCGACCUUUCUGGUGGUGGCACAUCUACAAGGACCUCGACCCGCGAACCCAUCGCUUUCGCGACCAGUUUCUGUCCCUAGCGCUGUCUCUCGACAAUCAUCUCCAUCAUGCCGAGCGCCUCGAGAAGCCCCUCGCCCACGCUGUCGCCGAUUUCCCCAUCGACACCCUAGUCGCGAUGCAAAAGGCCAUUGGACGCGAGCUCAAUGCUUCAUCGCCGUCCAACUUCGAUCCCAAGACGGGUAAACGACCCAUUACAAUUUUGUCCCUGUCUGGUUACGGUGGGAAAGCCGUGGCCGAGUCGAUAGGAGAACACCUUGCUCUGUGGAACGAGGCCGACCUUAUCCGCCUUGAUGCUCAUGACCUAUCGGCUCUGGUUGGCGAGUACCUGGGCCAGAACUGGGCGUACUCGCGUGGUUCAAUAUCCAUGCUCGGGUUCCGAGCUGCUGAACUGAAUGGCAAAUUGGCCGCGGACCCAGAGUCUUUGAGGCGACAUCAAGACGAUGACGAUGGCGACGGCGAGUCUGGAAUUCUGGGCAUACGGACUGAGACCGGGACACUGGCAGAUGAGCUGCAAAAUAUUCGGAAGGGUGGGUACGACGGCUUCAGCAAAUGGGAGAGUCUCAAGAUCGACAAGAUUUUGGACCACAUCAUCCGUUCAGCCUCGCUCAAGACGCAAUCCGCACAGCCUCGACCAGUCCUUUUGCAAAUCCACGAUGUCGUUGAGCUGAGCAUGACUUUGGAAGGCUCCUUACUGCUAGGCAAGUUGAGGGCAUUGGUUGACGGUGCCUGGCAGCAGGGCUUGAGGAUUGCCGUCUUGGGCACAUCAUCAUGCGAAGAGCCGUCUGAUGAAUAUCAAGGCGCUAUCGCGGACCUUGCCGUCGGAGACUUGAUCAUCACCCGCCACAUUCAGCCAGACCGCGCCGACAGACACAUGGCCAAGAGCCAACAACGACCCACCUUCAACCUGCAACAGGCAGACUACUUUGCCGAGAACGUACAUAACAUCAACAGGAUGCUCAGAAGCAUGGACCCGGACGCAGCGCAGCAACUCCUCGAUCCGUCCAGUGACAGUCUGCGAGCCUACUUAUUGUCGGCCAACCCGCGCUUCUCUGUUCUGCGCGAGUCCAUCCUCCCCGUCCCCGAGAUUUAUCACCUUGCAUGUGCAUUCAAAGCCCUCGAACAGAACCGUCAAGGCGGUGGGACGGCUGGCUUUCUUGAGCGGUUAACAAUGGGUCCCUUGCGGCAAAGACCUGGACAGCCCUUCCUGGACGAGGAACGGCCGGAAGAAGGCGGCGAAGCAGGCGACACAACCAAAUCCACGGAAGAGAGCAAAGUAGACGCGCGAGCGCCCAUGAAACUCAACGAGUACGAGAAGAGGAUAGUUGUAGGUCAUAUCCAUCGGGAAAACCUCCGAACGACCUUCGAUGAUGUUCACGUCCCCCCGGAGACAAUAUCGGCGCUGAAGCUGCUCACCUCAUUGGCGCUCGUCCGGCCGGACGCCUUUUCCUAUGGCGUCCUUGCUCAGGACAAGAUCUCGGGCUGCCUUCUCUACGGCCCUCCCGGCACGGGCAAGACGAUGCUCGCUAAGGCGGUGGCGAAGGAGAGCGGGGCCAACAUGCUCGAGAUCAGCGGCGCUACCAUCAACGACAAGUGGGUUGGUGAAAGCGAGAAGCUGAUCCGCGCAGUCUUUACCUUGGCAAAGCGGCUGUCGCCAUGUGUUGUCUUCAUUGAUGAGGCGGAUUCGCUGCUUGCAAAUCGCAGCAUGUUCAGCAGCCGGCCGUCUCAUCGUGAACAUAUUAACCAAUUCCUCAAGGAAUGGGACGGCAUGGAAGAGACCAAAGCCUUCAUCAUGGUGGCGACCAACAGGCCGUUCGACUUGGAUGACGCCGUGUUGCGGCGACUCCCACGCAAGAUUCUGGUCGACCUCCCGCUCAAGGACGACCGCGCGGCCAUUCUCAGGCUGCUGCUCAAGGGCGAGACCCUGGACGGCUCCGUCUCGCUCGAAGACUACGCCGCGAGGACGCCGCACUACUCGGGAUCGGACCUGAAGAACGUUUGCGUUGCCGCGGCCAUGGCCGCCGUCGAGGAGGAGAACGAGGCCGCUGCCAAGCACACUGGGCCCGAGCCCUUCCAGUACCCGCAACGCCGCGUGCUGCGCAGCGACCACUUCGAUAAGGCGCUCAGGCAGAUACCGGCCAGUAUCAGCGAGGACAUGGUGUCGCUGAAGCUGAUUCGCAAGUUUGACGAAGAGUACGGAAACCGCAGGAAGGGCGCCAAGAAGAAGACCAUGGGCUUUGGUAUCCUCGACGACAAACAGCACGCCAGCGCGGCUGAGACGAGGAUCCGCCAGCAUGGCGGCAGCGGCGAUGGCAGCGGCAGCGGCAGCAGCCUGUGAGUUGUAUGCAUGUACAUGGUACCCUUUCCCUUCUUCUAUUGGCAUGACUGGCGCAAAGGGGAAAAGGUUCCAAGCACUGGGACCAUGUUAGAAAGGCGGCGUGGGAAAUCAUCUCGUCGUAUUGCACAUCAUAUUCGUGGGGGCAUUUACGGUUUCAUAUGUUGUAUUUAGUAGUACAUAUUUUUUCCCCUUCUUUCCAAAACGCGACACGCUUGAACCGUGUAGCAGCAUCUUAUUUUUAAUCGUGGUGUUACGCCCGUCAAACAAAGAGAGUAUCGCAAAGUCCAGGG